AUGGCGCACUGCGUCUCGGGCGUGUUCGUCGUGAACCUGCGCGGGGACGUCCUGAUCACCCGGGCGUACCGAGACGAGAUCGAUCGAACCGUGCUCGACGCGUUUCGCACGCAGAUCUUAUUGGAUCGACAUGAUGGAAAAUCGGUCCACGCGCGCGCCGCUCGACGCCGACGCGCGGACGAUGGGUCGCGCACGAACGCGCCGAAGCGCGUGAUUGGAUCGGUGACGUAUUUCAUGAAACGCUCGCGCGAUGUCUACGUGGUCGGGGUGCGGCGAGGGACGGCGAACGCGGCGACGCGCGCGCGGGACGGGUGGGAGACGGCGCGGGACGCGGCGGCGUUUACGUUCCUAUCGCACGUCGUGCGGUUGUGUCGACAGUACUUCGGCGCGUGCGACGAGGGCGCGAUCAGGGAGAACUUUGUGCUCUUGUACGAGCUCUUGGAUGAGAUUUGUGACGACGGGUAUCCGCAAAUCACGGCUGGGGAGUCGCUGCGACACUUCAUCACGCAAAAGAGCGCGAAGAGCGAGUCGGGGAUGUCCAAGGAGGAGAUCGAACGCAAAACGGCGAAGGAACAGCGACGGGCGGUUGAGGCGGCGAAGCAAGUGACGAGCUCGGUGGCGUGGCGACGGCCGGGGUUGGUGUAUAAGAAGAACGAAGUGUAUCUGGACAUUGUGGAGAGCGUGAAUUUGAUGAUGAGCGCCGAGGGAACCGUGUUGAGAUCGAGCGUGCAGGGAUCGAUCAUGAUGAAGGCGUUUUUGAGUGGCAUGCCCGAUCUCAGCGUCGGUCUGAACGAUCGAUUGGGUGAGCACACGCGGGUGUCGGCGACCGGAGAGGACGCGGGGGCGUCGGCGGCGCGCAAUCGGAAGCUCAUCGACCUGGACGACUUGCAGUUUCAUCAGUGCGUGCGAUUGCACAAGUUCGCGUCGGAGAAGGUGAUCGAGUUCACCCCUCCCGAUGGCGAGUUUGAACUCGUGCGCUAUCGCGUAUCCGAUAACGUCACGCUGCCGUUCAAGCUCAUGCCCGCGGUGAAGGAGCUCGGUCGAACGCGGCUCGCGAUGAGCGUCAACUUGCGCUCGCUGUACGACCCGAGCACGGUGGCGAACGAGGUCCGAGUACGCAUUCCCGUGCCAAAGCUCACCGCAAGAGCGACGAUUCGUGUGAGCGCGGGUAAGGCGAAGUACGUUCCCGAGGAAGGGUGCUUGCGCUGGAAGAUCAAAAAGCUCGCGGGACACCAAGAGUUGCAGCUCGACGCCGAGGUUAUGCUCGCGAACACGCUGAGCGAUCACAAGCCGUGGGUCCAACCCCCGAUCAACAUCGAGUUCAACGUUCCCAUGUUCACCGCGAGUGGUCUGAGGAUCCGAUUCCUGAACGUCGAGGAGCGGAACAUGGGGAACUACGACGUCACUCGAUGGGUGCGAUAUUUGUGCCAGAGCGGCGACGGGCGCGGCUCGUAUGAGAUUCGCGUCGACAACAGAUUCGCAACGCAGUGA